CGUCCAGGGCGCGGCCUCCGGGCCCGGAGGGCUGUCACGGCGGAGGGAAGCCCUGCAGCGGCUCUCCGGACUGCCUGUCGGGCUCAGCCCUUGGGCCGAAGCGUGGAGGAGCAGCCAGGAGCUGGCUGGCAGGGAGCUGCAGCCGGGGCUGUGGGCACCGUGCGGUUCAGGGCCUGCAGCCAUCCGUCUCCUCGGAGCCACAAGAAGGCCUCAAUAGCCCUAGGUUCCCCUCUGGGCUUACCUCUCUCAGAACAGCAUGGCACGACGCACGCGGAGCAGCAGGGCCUGGCACUUUGUCCUGAGCGGGGUGCGGCGCGAGGCGGACACCCGGGCAGUCGCCUUGGCCACCGGUGCACGUGGCUGGGGCUACGACUCUGACGGGCAGCACAGCGACUCGGAUUCGGAGCCGGAGUUUUCCUCCCUCUCGCCCUCCAUCCCAAGCGCCAUCCCUGUGACUGGGGAGUCCUACUGCAACUGCGAGAACCAGAGCGAAGCGCCCUACUGCUCCAGCCUGCACGCCCUCCACCGUGUCAAGGACUGCCAGUGUGGCGAGGAGGACGAGUAUUUUGACUGGGUGUGGGAUGACCUGAAUAAGUCGACGGCCACUCUGCUGACCUGCGACAACCGCAAAGUGAACUUCCACAUGGAGUACAGCUGUGGCACUGCUGCCAUCCGGGGGAACAAAGAGCUGGCAGACGGGCAGCACUUCUGGGAGAUCAAGAUGACGUCCCCAGUCUACGGCACAGACAUGAUGGUGGGAAUUGGGACAUCAGAUGUGAAUCUGGACAAGUACCGCCACACCUUCUGCAGCCUGCUGGGCAAGGAUGAGGACAGCUGGGGACUAUCCUACACAGGACUCCUGCAUCACAAAGGAGACAAAACCAACUUCUCUUCGAGGUUUGGCCAAGGCUCCAUCAUUGGGGUGCAUUUGGACACGUGGCACGGGACACUCACGUUCUUCAAAAACCGCAAGUGCAUAGGGGUUGCAGCCACAAAGCUGCAGAACAAGAAGUUUUACCCCAUGGUGUGCUCGACAGCAGCCAAGAGCAGCAUGAAAGUGAUCCGCUCCUGCGCCAGCUGCACGUCCCUCCAGUAUCUCUGCUGUUACCGCCUGCGCCAGCUCCUGCCCAACUAUGUGGACACGCUGGAAGUGCUGCCAUUGCCACCAGGACUCAAGCAAGUGCUACACAACAAACUUGGGUGGGUCUUGAGCAUGAACUAUAGCACGUUGAAGCCUUCCUCCUCCUCAUCAGGAAGCGACUCAGAUAGCUCUUGUAGCUCAGAUGCAGAGGCCUGCCAAAGGAAGAGAUGCAGGAGGACGUAAUGUCUCUGCAGACGAACUGCUGUGAGGGAGUCGGGUGGGGUUUUGUUCUGCCGUUUAUGAGGGCCGGCCAGGCCUGGUGCACCUCUUUCUUCAUGGGGACAUCCAUUUCUAAUCAUUUGGAAAGAUUGCUCUUACACUGUUGGAAAUCUUUAGCCUAAAUAUGCAUCACAUGCAUUGAAAAGACCUGUUGACUCCAAGAGGUCCCAGCUUUGUGCAGCGGGUAAACUGCAGCCAAAGAGCUGAGCUUCAUCUCCUGACUUGCUCUCAAAGCCAUUGCCUCUUCCUGAAGGAUCCAUCCCUCUUCUCGCUGUCAGCAGAGACAAGAUUUAAGGUGCCCUCCUGGUUUCAGAGCAUACUAGACUCCAGUCAAAUCAUGGACUUGACUCAUCAAAAGACAAAAUCAAAGAGCAGCCCCCUCCUCCUAAUUGUCAUGUGUUGGUUAGGUAUCUGCCAUGAACUCCUCACACUCUGGGGCACGAUCGAGCAGCAGCACGUAGGGAAAUGGGCUCCUAGAGAUGCAUCUGCAUCACUGUUGUGAAAGAGCAGUUACUUACAUGAGUUGAGCUGUUGGUGAUCUUUCUUGAGUCCCCGGUGACUUUUAAUUGCUUUGCAUGUUGGCUCCUGCUGCUUCUCCUGUAUCAAAGGCUGUAUUAAACUGUAAUAAUAAAAAUAGAACUAUCUUUC